AACAUCUUUGGGUAAGCAUACCUAUUACCUAAGCAUAACACAAAAGUCGUGCUAAGCUUUCACACAUGUAUUUGGGAAUGAUGGCAGGUCACCAUAUGGGUUGGGGUUUGAUAGAAGAGGAGGGUUGGAGAAAGGGGCCUUGGACUGCUGAGGAAGAUAGGUUGCUUAUUGAGUAUGUGAGGGUUCAUGGUGAAGGCAGAUGGAACUCUGUCGCUAGGCUUGCAGGACUGAAGAGAAAUGGAAAGAGCUGCAGAUUGAGGUGGGUGAAUUAUUUGAGGCCAGACCUUAAGAGGGGGCAAAUUACUCCACAUGAAGAGAGAAUCAUUGUAGACCUUCAUGCAAGAUGGGGAAAUAGAUGGUCAACAAUUGCAAGGAGUUUGCCCGGAAGGACUGACAACGAAAUCAAGAACUACUGGAGGACCCAUUUCAAGAAAAAGGCAGUGAAAGCGCCUUCUGAUGCCUCCGAGAAAGCGAAAAAUCGCCUUUUAAGGAGGCAACAGUUUCACCAGCAGCAGCAACAGUUGCAACAGAUUAAUCAACCAGAUGUCAAGAAAAUCAUGGCCUUACUGGAUGAAAAUGACAACAAUAAAAUAUCAUCCUGCUGGCCUCAAGUGAAGCCGGAUUCGGAGACCUCUACUACUACCACUGUAUACCCCAACACAGCUGAUCAGGAGCAAGGAUUCUUCUGCUCCAUGUUGCAUGGCAAUGUCUAUAUGCCUGAACCUGCCUCCACUAAUGAGGACAAUUAUCUGUGGGAUGGUUUGUGGAACUUGGAUGAUAUCCAUGGUAAUUUCAACACAGCUUCAGCUUGUUCAACAGGCAAACCUAGUCUGCUCACCAACUUGGUCGUUCCCUUUUAUUGAAUUUCAGAGCAGAUUUUGAUUAUUCUAGUGUAACAAACAAGUGGUGAAUUUGGGGUUGUGAAAUAAUGCGAUCCAAGGGUACCUACUUAUUUACCAUGCUUUUUACUUUUAUUUUCAAAUAACAGCCUACAAUUUUAAUUUGGAGGAGAAUUGUAAUUAUUUUAAUGUUGCUUUACUUUUAUUGGUACUUGCUAGACAAGCUCUUGGAAAUCAAAAAGCCAUUAGCUUCAAGUA